CGCCCCCAUCUUUUUAGUCUCGCAAUUCGGAGCUGUCAAUGUUCGAUAACAGCCAUCUCCGAAUUCGCCGAAUAUCUGCUUCUCUCAUCGGCCGUGAUAAUUGUCAAGGAAAACAUGGCCGGCCUACCCUCGACUAUGCGCUCCCUCGUGGCGCCUAAGUUCUGCACUCCCUCCGAAUAUGAAAUCAUUGACGCACCAUUGCCAACCAUCAAGAAACCUACCGAUGUCCUCAUCAGGGUUCAUGUCGGCGCUAUACAGCCAGGCGACACACAGCGGGCGAAUGGAGCGACAAGGAUACUACCCGGCAAGAUGGUGUUUCCUUUAAAAAUUGGGAUCGAAGGCUCCGGGGUAGUAGUAGCUGUCGGGACAGGUGUGACAAAGUUCAAGCCAGGUGACGAAGUAUAUGCCGUCGCCUUACAAGGACGUCCAUUGGACCUUUUCGCCGAGAACAGCUUCCUGUCGCAAUACGCCGUGACCACCGAAUCCUGCGUGCUGCCUAGGCCCGCUGCCCUAUCUCACGAGGACGCGGCCUCCCUUCCAGGAUACACCCUCGUAGCCUACCAAUGCGUGGAGGCGGGCCUGCGACUCCUGCGUGAGAAUGGCGUCGCGGAUGGUCUGGAAGGUAAGACGGUGUUUGUACCCGGGGCACUCAGCGGUACAGGCUCAAUCGCGAUCCAACUGCUGAAGAACCACUACGGUGUUGGACGUGUCAUCUCAACGGUAUCAACGGAGAAGGUCCUGCUCGUAGAGAAAUACCUCCCAGGGCUUGUAGACCAGGUCGUCGACUAUAAGACUGUGAAAUGUCUCACCGACGCCGUGCCAUCCGGCAGCGUCGAUUUCGUCCUAAACACGCAGUGGGACCUCAUAGGCACUUUCGCCCUUGCCAACCCGAAGAAGGGAGUCGUGGUGUCUAUCAGCAGCGCGCCGCAUCCCAGUCUUUUCCGUGAGAUGUUGCCUACGGCGCCGUUCUGGGUCUUCUGGGCCCUGGCUGUGGUGCAGUGGUACUACGCUUUCAAGUUGCGUGGUACGAAUAUCAAGUACACAUUUGUAUCUGGGGAUUACGGUGUCCAGGAGGAUCUGGAGCGCGCUGGCGAGCUCAUCGCGACAGGCAAGGUAAAAGCUGUCAAGAGGGUAGUGAGUCUCGAGGACAUUGCAACUGUCAGGGAAGAGUGCGAAAAGGUGCACAAGACUAAGGGGGGGAUAGGGAAGUUAGUGAUCCGAAUCCCUUGAAGACGUUAAAUAGCAACCAUUGUUAUCACAGUCAUUAGGCAGUUAUUUCAAUGGGUCGGUAUUUCAUGAAAAGCCUGUCAUUCUUUUUUUUUUUUUUUUCUUAUUUGGUUUGCUUUCUCUAAACUACUAGAAUACACUGAAAAUGAUGACUGGAAUGAAGUUUUCCCUAGACAGGAGCCGGAUU